AUGGACCCGUCAAAAGAUGACGCUCCCACUCCGUCUUCACCGUUGAGAAGGGAACGAGCUCCUACCAUCACAAUCGAUACGUCUGCCGUCAGCACUACAUCUAAUCUCGCAGGGCCUGAAAUAAGAACGGAGGAGCCGCCGGCCGGGAACCAACAAGGGGUCGAGAGUCACGAUGUCGAAUCAAGGGAUGUCCAUCAGUCCCGGCCAGAGAGUACUUUGAAUCCAUCAUCAGAGAGAGAAAGGGAACCACGGCCAAUAUCACCGCAUAAUGUUUCCUCGCCCACGUCAAGAAACGCAGACCCCAACUCACAAAACUUCCUAUCCGUUCCAGGGACACGAUCAAGGGGGAAUUCCCUCGACUCUGAAGACGCCAAUUCUCCUCGCUCGUUUGGUAGCGAGACAUGUGUCCCGUCGUCCCCGUCUACCGGUGAACACCCUGACAAAGGCGCCGCAACAAAACAUGUUGAUGUGAGGAACGACCCUGACGCUUUGAAGCCGGACCCAAAAUCGGAAGACGAUUUCGAGGUGGAAAAUAACAAAUUCGCAUUUUCGCCUGGCCAAUUGAACAAACUUCUUAGUCCCAAGAGUCUUUCCGCUUUUUAUGCAUUGGGAGGUCUGGUGGGAUUAGAGAAGGGUCUACGGACUAACCGGUCAACAGGGCUCAGUGUGGAUGAAACGACUCUGGAUGGCACAGUGUCUUUUGAAGACGCAACCAGCACCAGCUCCCUAGGGCAUUCUCCCAAACCAUCGGGGAGGGUCGGGAGCACAAAUUCCAAUGCAGAGGAAGUUUCCAAGGCCAAUGAUAGCUUCGUCGACCGCAAACGUGUUUUUAGCGAUAACCGCCUUCCCGCAAGAAAAACAAAGUCGAUUUGGGAGCUUGCUUGGAUCGCAUAUAACGACAACGUUCUGAUCCUACUUUCUGUGGCUGCUGUAAUAUCCCUUGCUUUGGGUAUAUACCAAUCUAUCACGGCCACCGGAAAUGAGGCUAGAGUACAGUGGGUUGAGGGUGUAGCAAUUAUGGUUGCCAUCAUUGUGGUUGUCAUUGUUGGAGCAGCCAAUGAUUGGCAGAAAGAACGGCAAUUCGUGAAACUCAACGAAAAGAAAGAAGAUCGCAAUGUCAAGGUCAUUCGUUCCGGAAAAUCCAUCGAAAUCUCAGUUCAUGAUAUUCUUGUAGGGGACGUCAUGCAUCUUGAACCUGGUGAUAUGGUACCGGUAGAUGGUAUCUUCCUCGAGGGCCAUAACGUCAAGUGUGAUGAGUCCUCCGCGACUGGUGAAUCCGACGUGCUUCGAAAGACUCCUGGAGAUAUCGUAUAUCAAGCCAUUGAAAACCAGGAACCCCUUGAGAAGAUGGAUCCGUUUAUCUUAUCAGGCGCUAAGGUGUCGGAGGGCGUUGGCACAUUCCUAGUUACCUCUACCGGUGUCAAUUCGUCUUAUGGUAAAACGUUGCUUUCCCUGCAGGAUGAAGGCCAAACGACUCCUCUACAACUAAAGCUGAAUGUACUUGCUGAGUACAUUGCCAAGUUGGGUCUUGCUGCUGGUUUGAUUUUGUUUGUGGUACUGUUCAUCAAGUUCCUCGCUCAUCUGAAGAACAUCCACGGUGCUACAGCCAAGGGUCAAGCUUUUCUCCAGAUAUUCAUCAUGGCCGUAACCGUCAUCGUGGUUGCUGUGCCCGAAGGAUUACCCCUAGCCGUCACCCUUGCACUUGCGUUCGCGACGACGCGAAUGUUACGAGAUAACAAUCUGGUUAGGCUUCUCAGGGCCUGUGAGACUAUGGGAAAUGCUACUACCAUUUGCUCCGAUAAGACUGGUACUUUGACCCAGAACAAGAUGACAGUUGUUGCUGGAACAUUUGGAACCACUACCAAUUUCGGCGAGAAUAAUUCAUCCUUUCAGCCGAGUGGAGAUGGCCAAAGUCAGCCGCAGGACGCAGACAACGUCUCCCCCACCGACUGCAUCUCAUCUCUAUCGCCCUCCGUCAAGGAACUCUUACUGAGCUCUAUCUCGUUAAACUCAACGGCAUUCGAGAGUGAUGACAACGGAUCAACCACCUUCGUCGGUUCUAAGACCGAGACAGCGUUGCUCAGUUUUGCACAUGAUUAUUUGGCACUAGGGCCCUUGAACGAGGCAAGGUCCAAUGCAGAAAUUGUUCAACUUGUACCAUUCGAUUCCGGCCGUAAGUGUAUGGCUGUCGUUAUUAAGCUCCCCAACGGGAAGUACAGGAUGUUUGUUAAGGGUGCCUCGGAAAUUCUUAUUGGAAAAUGUACAAAAGUCGUAUCUGAUCCAACAGACCAUUGUUGA